UCUGGCAUUACACGUACUAGUGCAGCUGAUAGCUCGCCGAACAGUUUAUGCCGGACAAGAUGAAGAUUAUAAUUGCAUCCGACUAGGAAAUAAAAUACAAAGAUCCAGCUCCCCAGAAAAUGAUGGACCAGUACAGUACUAUGAUGCCUAUGUCUCUACCAGGCCAGGAAGAAAACGGCUCUUCUUCCGGGGACUCAAUGCAGUGGGCGGUAGAGCCGCUGCUAGAAAGCCCGCUGUAUUCCCAGCAGGGUCUUUCCCUCCUUGCUCUCCUGAAUGCGCCAACGCGGUCCAGCGCGGAGAUUGAGCCACACAUCGCAGCGACGCUGCAGAUGGUACUCAGAGACAUUUGACUGCUCAAACACUAAUUAGGAGUCCGACCUGAUCAGAAGCAGAUGGACUUUGUCACGCUCACUUUCUAAAUGCUGCGAUCUUCUAGGAUAUGAAAGAGACAUGGUUAUUUGCAGCAACUUCACGCACUUCUUCGUCGAGAUGAUAUUAACAUGCAAUUUCAGGUAUCCCGUUCGGUUCUGGACAAACUCGCGACGCGCUUGUUGGUGCACUGGAAGACGAAUCACACCGAGGAGCGGAGAAGAAUCGCCGGUCAGCAGCAUGUUGGCUCACAACUGCAGUCUGCCUACUUGGCUAAGGAACACACGACCGUGGUGGACCCGAAGUUGGCAGUUGCAAAUCGUGAUUCUUUGGCAACUUCUACGUUAAAUUCCAAUACCGCACUAAACGCUCCUCGCCUGUCCGCCGCCGGAGUAAGAACUGGCCCGACGCCGACGGAGCAUCUGAUCUGCACACCAACGAAUAUGGACAGCGGCUCCACGCCGAAAAGCGAAAGUAGCCAAACAAGCGCGACAGCGGGAGGCGCAAAGUAUGGGGCAACAAGCGGGUCAACUUCAAGCGCAGUCGGCCAUGCAGGAGCUUCCUCCAGUGUAGUUGACAACCUCGACGAGGAGUUCGGUUUGGCGGACCUCACGAUUGGUGCGCCGAAUAUUGUCGGCGGCAUUGCGUUAUGGAUUGCAAAGAUGUCUGGGUCUGGAAGAAUGCAACUUGUGAUGCUUUUUUUGGAAUCUAAAAGAAUCUGCAUUGCAUGAACAGCAAGAGGCGUCCAGUUUUUGCUCCGCGGAGAGGGCAUUUGUCAUGCGGGAUAGGCAUCAAGAUACCCGCAAAAAAUCUGUCAUGCUUGGUCAUGCAUUACAGGCAUCAUAGCCCAUGCGAAAUAUGCAUGACAAACCUGGAAAUCUUCCAGACCCAGACAUUUUUACAGUUGAUAUGCGUUUCCAACCACGCCCGGUGGUUCCUCGAACUCCAGUCCAGUCGGGUUUUCAUCAGCGCCUGGGGUCGUGACAGACGCACCGGCUGCGACGAGAUCAUCAUCUUCAUCCUCCUCGAAUACAACUACUACGGGUAGUUCGACUGCGGGUGCAGCUGCACCGCUUCUGAAACCCCGGGCUACUGCCUUACCUCGAACGCAGGAUUUUAUUUGCGAGGCUGGUGUUGAAGAAGAGGAAGCAGGAGGACAUGAUCAUCUCCUACCCGCGCCGCCCGAGUACACACUGGCGCCGUACGAAGGUCGUGGCUUAACUGCAUCUGGAGGGGUCAUCGCAUCAACAUCUUCCAACGCUGUGAUCCCUGCUCGGGAGCACGAUGAUCCACCUACCACCUCCUCUCCUGCCCACGAGAAUCACAGCGAUUCGCUGCCAGGUUCCCACGAAGAAUAUGAAAAACUGGAGGUCUUUAUCAAGUGUAAAAAUGUCUGGGUCUGGAAGGAUGUAACUUGUGAUGCGCAUUUCAGAACACACAAAAAUCUCUGAUGCAUAGGCAGCAAAAGCUGCUCACUUUCUGUCACCAAAGUGGGGGAUUUGUCAUGCGGAUUCGGCAUUGCGGAAGCUUCUCGAAACCUGUGAUGCUAGAGCUUCCAUGCCAGACCUUCUGUGUCAUGCAGAAACAGCAUGACUCUUCCAGACCCAGACACUUUUACAUUUGAUAGUCUUUCCCGCCUCCAACGGCGGCAGCGUGGACCAGCGAUUGCCCUACGAGCCGCCCAGUAUCAAAUGUAAAAAUGUCUGGGUCUGGAAGAAUGUAAGAUUUGUGAUGCAGGUUUUCCAUGACCCAUGAGGUCUGAAAUGCGAGACCCAGCAUGACAGAUUCUUUGAGGUCUCUAUCAUGCCUUUCCUGCAUGAGAAAUAACUCCCUCUCAACUUGGUCAAAAGGGGACAGCUUUUGGCACUCAUGCAACACAGACUUUUGCAUGAUUCGGAUUUAGCAUGACAAGUUGUAAUCUUCCAGACCCAGACAUAUUAGCAAUGCAUACCCAGUUUGCACGAGCAACUGAUGGAACUGCGCCGGAAGGCGGCGCUAAACACCAGCGCCGUCAAGAAUGGUCGUUCUUCAUCGGCGAGCAGCAGCUCCUCGUCUUCAUCGUCGUCGUGCUCAAGCUCUAGCACGUCGCGAGCUGCUGGUGGGAGCAGGAAGACUGCUACGGGAUCGCAGUCGAUAUCUUCGCAAGUGGGAGCGGAUCAAGUGUUGUUGAUGAAUAUCAAUAUGCCACACACGUCAACAUAUCCUGCCGAACAUGAUCAUUCUUCAGCAAAAUCGUCGCCCUCUGCAGCGUAUGCAUAUGCAAAUAUGUCUGGGUCUGGAUGAUCGCCAGGUUUGUCAUGCAUUUUUGGCAUGACCCAUGAUGCCUGCAAUGCAUGACCUAGCAUCACAGAUUUCUAGAGGGCCUCCUGAUGCCUUUUCCGCAUGAGAAAUGCCCUCUCCAAAUAGCACAAACUGGACUCCUCUUACUGCUCAUGCAAUACAGGUUUUUUUAGAAUCCAGAGACAGCAUUACAAGUUCGCAUCCUUCCAGACCCAUCAGACCCAUUCAUUUUUGCAAUCCAUACCACGAACGGUCCCCUCUAUUCCGAGUACCGGGUGCGGCAGCUACGCCUGGGCGGAGAUGCAGCGAUGGUGAGUGAGGGUGGGGUUCCGCAGGUACUGAAAAUCUCACGUCUUUUACUUUUGUGUACGCAUGUAGUUCGUGAUCAUCGUGUAGGCUUGCACAAAGAUGAAAUUAUGCCGAACCGAAAAACUUCAACUUACUCACACCGAGUCACGUUUAUUGACUGCUUCCUCCUUGUCCUCUUUGUAGGUGUCCGACCGACCGGCCACGCACGACGAGCCCAGCGCACCGCAAAUCGUGGACCUCUUCCCGCCGUUGGAUCGGACUGACAGCAAAAAGCGAAUCUUGACGUACGACGAAGCCAACAAAGUGUACGAUCGGCUCUGGCACACCGCGGUGAAGGACGUUGCGAAAAAGCGACAGCUCGAGGAGGAGCGCCUCCGCCGCGAAGGGCCGCCGACGCACCGGGAAAACAAGACUUUGCGCGAAGUCGUCGCUGGGCGGCGGGCGAGCGACCGGCUCUACCGCGACGCGUCGAGGCGGCGAAAACGCAGCGUGUCUUCGGAAAGCAUGGGAUUGCAGGAGACACACAGCUCGGUGUUGAUGACAGCAGCUUUGGGGGGUGGAAGAAGCGUGGAGAAGGUGAAGGGAGAAAUAUGCAUUGCAAAAGUAUCGUAUUCGUAUAAUUGCAUUACAAAUUUCCUCAGCAUGAGAAAUAAAAUUUAGCUUGCGAACAAGAUUUGUAAAAAAUGCAUGUUUGCAAUUACUACGAGUGCGAUACUUUUGCACAGGAUAAGAAAGAAAGAAGAGCGACUUGGGCUCGUCGAUUGCGACGACUUCUGGAGGAUCGAAGCUGACGGAUAGUGGCUAUCAGCAAGGUAUAGGGAUACAGAUAUUACGUUUCUUACGUAGAUACGUCGUUUUUCUUUUCUCCAUUCUAGGAGAUCGGAACCGCAGCUCCUUCUGCGAAGUAUCUUUAUUUAAGUAUACACAACUUUCCAGUGGUCCGGCGUCCCCGCGUCCAGAUGCGAACCCGCAGCCGCUCCAGCAGUCUCGGGCGGGAAAGCGUCGCCGAACGGCUCUACCAGGAGGGCUUUACUUUCAAUGAACGCAGAAAGCGGAUGCAGAAGGAGUACGAGAAUGCGCUGAAGGAGCUGUCCAACCGGGCGGCGUCUAACAUCGGCAACAAGAAUAUGGCGUUCUCAAAUGUUACAUUCUCAACUGUUACAUGAUUUGUCAUGCAAAAUUGCAAUCAGAAUCGACACGAUCAAGCUGCUGCGCAUUACAAAUUCUCGAAGAGCCCAACAAGCUGGGAAUCUGUGCGAAAUCUGUCAUGCAAGACGCGCAAGGUCCCCUCUUUCACUGUUGCCGCCCUUGCGUCACAAAUCCAUGUAACAGUUGAGGAUGUAACAGUGGAGAACGCCAUAAAGAAUGGAUCUGGAGAUCAUGCCUCUAGUACCAAGCCGACAAAGGCGAACUCCAUGAAACAGUACGAGGGUGCACUUGUGUCCAAACUUGUUGACAAAGUGUUUGCCAAUGUGAUGGCACAAGAGCAGAAACGAAAGCGAGCGGAGUCGCUGAAUUCGCAACCCCAGCCAACAUCUUCCUCAUCGGAAGCGGAAGUUCCGGAUGAAGGGGUCAAAUCGGGAGCGGGUUCGAAGGUAGAAAUCGUAAGUCCUGAUGAAUUUUGUAAUAAAAUUCAAGUUUGAAGGUCAAUUUGGAAUGUAAAUGUUUCUCGGAAGCUAGAAAUUAUCGCGGAAAAUUAACAAUACAACGCAACAGCAAGCGGAAUCUUCCCCAGCGGAUCUCGGCACGCCUUCCAGUGGACCCGACGCCAGCCUUGAAGUUGAGGAGCACGACCAUACCGUGCGACAGAGCGAGUCGGGGAAGAAAUUGGUAUAUCAGAAUGAAAUCUCAUUUUCUUGCAGAACUCUCUGCUUGUUAGACCCUUGUCUCGCAAGAGAUCACGGGACGUUGCCGACAGCAACAUCUGAUGCCCAUAGUAUUGCAUUCUGUUUCUCUCUGCGCGUGCGCGAUCAUGUUGACUAUUAGGGACUUAAAGAAUAAUGGAUAGAAAGAUCGCUUUCGACUCAUCUCCAUCUGUACUUGGUCUAUCCCGCAGGUCCAGGCUGUCCGUAGCAGCUCAUCUUCGAAAACGCGACGAAAAUACGCCCCUGCCGGUAAUAUUUUUAUGGAGGACCAUAUCACGAGAAAAAAGUGUUACAGUUACACAUUUGUUGGAGUUUCUGUAUCACAAAUUUUCUCUGUGUGGCAGAGAAAACUUGUAAUGCGAAGAUCAUAAGGGAAAACAGGAAGGAAACGAGGCUCCGAAGCAUUUCCUGCAUGAGAAAGGUUGUCUCUGUUGCUAGUCUUUCAUGACAAUGUGUAACUGUAACACUUUUUUCUUGCGAUAGACCACGUGCUGAAGAACUUCUCCUCGCCCCUGCAACUGCAUAUCAACUGUAAAAAUGUCUGGGUCUGGAAGAUUCUGACACUUGUCAUGCGCGUUUUGCAUUAGCCCUGAUGUCUGUGAUGCGUGCCCUAGCAUCACAGAUUUUUUGAGAGCUUCUUGAUGCCUAUUCCGCAUGACAAAUGCCCUCUCCGCGUAGCAAAAACUGCAUUCCCCUUGGUACUCAUGCAAUACAGAUUUUUUUGGAAUCCAUAUGCAGCAUCACAAGUUGCAUUCUUCCAAACCCAGACAUUUUUACAUCUGAUACUGCAAACACUGAUGCUGAAAUCCCCGCCUGCGUUGAUCACCAUCCGCGGGAAGGAAAAGCUCCUUAGCGCCCAGCCGCUGCCCGGCGGGGCGACAGUCUUCGUCCGCGACCCGAGUAGGAGCCGAAGCAAGACGCGGGACCAGGAUCGGAGCGGGAGCAGGGUAGAUGACAAGCAUCAAAAUGGUGUAGUUCUUACAACGACAUCAAGUGCGGUAAGUUCAGCGACCAUAAUUUCCGCGGGUAGCGAUGAAAAUGCUACUUCGUUCAGCACGGGAGGGAAGAUGAACAAUCAGCAGAUGUUGAAACUACAGCACCCGCCGGAGCAGGAGAAUUCUUAUUCCACAUCUACCGAUCGCAUCACCGCGAAGAACACAGCAGCUAACGCCGCGACCCGACCCCGCAGCGUCAGCGAAGACGCGGGUUUAGCGGAUAAAAAUUAUCAUGCCGCAUCUGGUAAUAGUAUAACCGGCUACAAAGGCGCGAAGCAAGAGCACAUCGUGAAUAGCAGUCGCCACGCCAGCACCGGGCGAGCAACACAAUAUGCUAGUACGACAAUGAACAGUACGCCCCCAAAUGCAACACAGUUUGGAAUUGGUUCGACGACGAGUUUGACCUCCAGUGUGUUUUUUGCAUCGCCCGUGCGGUCGCUGAAAAGUAACAGCAGUCCUUACGGAAUGAUCGCCGGACUGGUCGCGCAAAACGGUGGGGGAACAAUAACAAACAGUGGAUCCAAGAAGCCUGCGAUAACCUCCAUGACGUCUGGUUCCCCAAUGAAGCCCAUGUACAAUCCGCCACCAAGACCGCAUUACAGCCAGCUACCGCGGCCGAUAGACAAUCAGACUGCAGGAGGUGGCUCCUCUUUCACUAUUGGGCCAACGACAAGUGGAAAUACGUCGGGAUCGCUUCCGACAUCCCUGGCUGCGCAGUCUCGUCCCGGGUUUCGACAAGCAACCACGAGACCCAGCCCACAAAAAUCGUCAAACUACUUUAUGCAGCGGGUGUUGAAGACAUGACCAUGAGGGGGGAGGUAGCGAGCAGCUGUUUCAAAAUAGAAAGAACCAGAGCGACAUCAAAACUACUUGCAGAGUCAAUGGCUGAACUCAACCGAGCGAAAGCCUCUGUGUGCGCAAUCACGUUAGAUCAAGUACUCCUAAUAUGAAUAGCAGAACCGACCUGGAUAAUUAGCUUGCGAGCAUCGACGAUAAAAAAACGAACUUGUUUUCUUUUGUUUCAACCAAUGUAGUCCUACUAAAUCAAUGCCACAGGCGUCCUGAAUAGGAUGCAAAAGCUAGAAAACCGAGAGGUCUCAGGCACCGUAAUGGUUACACUAUAGAACACUUAUUUCACGACCUGAUGAAUAAUGAAAAUGAUGUGAACUCGUUUUUUCUGUUUUACGUCAUGGCCAGAUAGCUUGGACUUCGGAACAACGGAGCAGGAAAGAAGGAAACAAAACGACAGAGCUACGGUAAAUGAAAUCGGAUGAACCCUGCCGCUUUAUUUGAAGUCAAUGAGUGUGAUGUCGAGAUAGAAGAGAAGAUGCAUGGUUUGCCACUACUAGCCUUCACGGCCAGAAGCGGACGAAACGGU